AUGGACAUGGGUGGUAUGGACGGUGUAGACGGCAUGGGGGCUAUGGAUGGCAUGAAAGGGAUGUCGAUGAUGAAGCCCUACUUUCACUUUACAAUGGGUGAUAUCCUUUGGUUCAAGGCAUGGGCCCCGUCAUCUGCAGGUACCGUCUUCGCCGCUUGCUUUGGGCUUUUCCUCCUUUCUGUCAGCGAGCGGUUCCUCAAUGCUAUUCGGGCUAUCAUGGCAAUCAAAUGGGAGGAACGCGCUCGGCGGGUGGAGCUGGUCAAUCAUACUCCCACACCAUUGCCCACUCUCGCCCGCGCCCAACAAUCCGAGCCAAAGUUUGCUCCAUCGCCCGACCCUAACGCACACCCAGAGUCCACGUGGGGUCGCAUGCGUCGGUUGCCCUCCACUCCUGCGCAUGACCUCUCUCGUGGGCUUCUGUUCGCUCUCCAAAGUGCGCUUGGAUAUUUGCUUAUGCUGGCAGUCAUGACCUUUAACGUCUUCUUUAUCAUUAGUAUUUUGACGGGGUUAGGGGUAGGCGAAACGAUAUUUGGGAGGGUGGCUGCAAUCACACCGAGCAUCGGCCAUUGA